AUGGCUGAACAAACGAUCCGCAUUGGCUAUGUGCCUGAACACUACCUGGCGCCACUCCACCUCGCGCUUCGCUCCUCUGCUGUCUCAUCUCUCCCAUUCAAGAUUGCCCUUACCCCAUUCCCAUCUGGAACUGGUCAUAUGAUCACAUCGCUGCGCGGCAAUGAGAUUGACAUCGCUAUUGGUCUGACCGAGGGUUGGGUCGCCGGCCUCGCGGGUAAACAGCAGUCCAGUCAGAGCUCCGGAGAUGGUGGAUACAAGGUCGUUGGACACUGGGUAGACAACCCAUUGCGCUGGGCUAUUGUCACUGGCCGCAACCGCGAUGAAGUGAAUGGAGUGUCCGACCUGAAGGACUCAAGGGUUGGAAUCAGCCGACCGGGAAGUGGUUCCCAUAUCAUGUCUUUCGUUCUUGCACAGCAGCAAGGCUGGAAGGCCGAUUCACUAAGCGCUGUUCCGCUCGGUCCUUUCGGUCCCUUGCGAGAGGGAGUCUCAGGACUGAGCGAGUCAGCUCCUAGUGAUUCCGCGAACCCAACAGCCGAAUUCUUCAUGUGGGAGGAAUUCACUACGAAGCCGUUCUUCCACCCUACCGCCCAGAAGCCGAACCCACCACUCAAGAAGAUCGGCGAGAUCUUCACACCUUGGCCCUCCUGGAUGGUUGUUGCUUCUACUAAACAGUUCCCUGACCCUGAAAAUGACCAGCGAUUGAAGAGCCUCUUCCAGGCCUUCGAUCAAGGUAUCAAGGAGUUUGAGGCCGAUACGGCCCAGAUCGUAAAGCUUCUGGGAACUGGUGAGCUGGGAUGCAAUUACAUCGAGGAAGAUGCGAAGGAGUGGCUCAAGGAUGUCAAGUUCACGAACAGUACCCGCGGCGUUGACCACAAGAUCAUUAAAGAUGUGGUAGAUGUUCUUAAGGUUGCUGGUGUCAUUGACUCGGCUUUGGGUAGUGAUGAAGCCGUGAACAGAGUCAUCGGUAUCAGAAGGUAG